CAGAUCAACAUGAGACCGUUCCAAGCAGCCUGUAUCUUCGUGGCCGCCUUACUAGUCCUGGGUGUGGCGCCCACGGAAGCGAGGAGGCGCAAGCACAAGGGUUCUGACCACCACCAUGACCACGACAAGUUCGAUCCCCACAAGACCAAGACCAAGACCAAGUGGUCCACUUCCACAAACCUGGCUGGCAAUAGUCAGGUGUCCACCGAGGAGCAUGGCUACUAUGUAAAGCGCACCUACGGAGCGGCUGGAGAGAACGGAGUCGCCAGGAAGCGGAUGAGUCCGCCCUACCUGGCCAUACCCAUUGCCUGGUUCAGCUGUCAGCCGGGCCAGAAGGAUUGCCAGACUGCCAAUUCGGCUGCCAUCAACAGUGCCGCCCAGUCCCUGAGUGAGGGUUAUCUGUGCGACGACGACUGCCAGGACCUUUAUGAUCCCAUCUGCGGCAAGACAUCCUCCGAGGUGGCCGUCUUCUACAAUAGGUGCAAGCUGAACGUGGCCAAGUGCCGAUCCCAUGGCCUCUGGGCAGACUUCUCUUACGCCGAGUGCCAAGAAAAGUAUCCCCAGGAGACUGCCCAUGCGGACACCAAGUUCCGGGCUUCCCCUUACUUCCGGGAUGCGGCUCUUGUUGAGCAACAGAGGCUGGAGGAGGAGCAGAAGAAGGCGGAGGAGGAAAAGCAGAGGAUAGAAAAAGAGCAGAAGAAGCGAGAAAAGGCAGAGAAGAAAAAGAAGAAGGAGAGCGGUGAGAGCAGUGAGGAGCAGGAGGAUCACAAGCAAAAAGUGGAGGAGCCCUUGACCCUGCAGAAGCCAGUGGAGACUCCCAUGUCACCAGUCCCGGUCCCAGCUCCAGCCCCUGUCCCAGUUCCCGUGGUUGCUGUUAAAGAGACCGCAAAGACCGAGGAGAUCGCCCUGCCUCCCAUGCCCUUGAAGGACACUCCCACUCCCAAACCUCUGGAGAUCGCUGCCCUUAAGGAGCAGGCUCAACCUAAGGCCAAGGACAAUGAUAAGCUCAAGUAUUUUGUAGUUUAG